AUGGCAUCGACAUCGUCGCCAGCGAUACCUUCAAGACCGACACCGACGCCCACACAAAGACAACGCCCAAACCGCGUGCUGCCUUCGUUCCUCGCCUCAGCCACCCAGCCCCCACAUGAGCCCGGGUCGCCAAUCGCCCGUUCCUUCCUCCCGUUCCCAGCCAUGGCAGACGAAGAGCUCGAAGUCAUCGACGGCGAUCUUUUUGCGGUUCCGACGGUCGACACCAUAACCAGGCCAUCGUCGCCGACUCCCACUGACUUCUCAAUCAUAUCGCCUGACGAAUAUGCUCACGUUAACCCGGAUGGACCCCAUUCUCAUCAGAACGGUUUCUUGCCACAAUAUCAGAACAGCCGCUACCCAUAUGCAUACACCUAUCAUUACGGCCAAAGUAGAAGGUCGCCUUGGCCUUUCUAUUCGAGUCCCAGUCUGGGCAGUGCCUUUGUAGGGAUGGGGUUAACGGGGAGGCCAGAGGCGCCACCGCCCCCUCAGAAUCAAGGUUCACUUCGCUCUAUAUUUCCCCGAAUUCGGGACGCUCUCAGUCCUGCACGCUCACCGUCACCGUCUGUGUAUCCAUACGGGACCACCAGACCUAGGUUUCCCCAUACAUCAUCAUCCGGAAGCAUAUUUACCUCCUCGCGCGCCAAUCAGUCUACAUUCUCAACCAUGAGAUACACCCCUUCUCCUGGCCCUUCUCCUUCGCGUGUGUCUCCCAAACCCUCAGCGCCUUAUACGCUGAGCAAGGGUAAGGAGACGCUAAGCAAGGGUAAAGCCAGACUGCUUGCUUGUCACAAGGCACUCUCAUCGGACAGCGCGUCGGGAUACUCGUCUUAUUACCAUAUUGAUACGAAUAUCGAUUGCAUAGACUAUGCAAGCCUCCCGCCGCUUGAUGGAGAAGAGGGGGAACUGGUUGACGAGGCAUGUUACGUAGAUUCAAGAGCAGUCACUGGCGUUGACAUCCUCGCCCUUCUACCAACCGAGCUGGCUAUCUAUAUCCUAGCCCUCCUAGCUCACACUCCAUCUUCAUUACCGCCAUCGACGUUUACAUCGACAAGUAGGGGUGCCGGUAACGAGGGCAACGAUUCUUCUUACGGAAACCUGCAGAGUAUUCUUGCCUGCACUCUGGUCUCCCACACUUGGAAUCGGCUUGCCAAUGACAAUGCUGUAUGGCGAUCCCUCUUUGAAAGUAUGUCGGGGAAUGGAUGGAGCAUCGAUCUCAGCCGCGCACCUACCGUGGCUCAGAGUAUUCGUAGCCCAUGUCAUUCCGGUGAUCCUCGCGUGAGAAGUGUUUUCGAUGCCUUGCGCGUGGACGGCGAGCGGUUAAAGAGAUUUCCCCCUUCGCCGUGUCUAUCCACUUUCUCCAGGAUGAAUACGGUUUCCCCUGCUGCAGCACCUCUCCUGCUACGCUGGCGAAAACUCUUCCAGGACCGUUGGGAAUUGGACCGACGGUGGGAAGGCAAUCAACGUACAUCGAGUCAACAUAACGGCUCAAGUCCCGUUGAAACCCCAAAUCACAAACCCAAAGUGAUGAAUCUCAGCGGGCACACCGACUCUGUAUAUUGCCUUGAGUUUGAUGCGCAUCGUAUUGUCACCGGUUCUCGUGAUCGCACUAUCAAGGUUUGGUGCGUGAAGACAGGGAAGCUCUUGGGAACAAUCUCUGGACACUCUGGCAGUGUUCUCUGCUUGAAGUUUGAUCUAGAUGCAGAGGUAUGCGGAAACCAAGACGACACAGGCGUGAGGUCGACCGUAGAAUACAAGGAUGGUUGGCAGCGCGGCUUCAUGGUCAGUGGGAGCAGCGACUGUUCUGUGUGUGUCUGGGAUCUGUUCGUCCGUCCACCCGUCGACAAAGCUGGGUCCUAUUUUCCCAGCUCUGACGUUGGCGGCUACGGAGGGCGAGGUGUCGUCGACGAAGCUGCAGAGGAGCUGAUCCAUGGAAGCGUUUAUGUCCGCUCGUCCCCGGGGACGCCUAACGAUGACAACGCCCAGGUAAAGGCAGAGGUAAAGGCAACGUUGAAAGGACACACUGGCGGUGUUCUUGAUAUCAGGAUCAACAAGGAUUGGAUUGUGAGCUGUUCUAAGGAUGCGAUGAUCAAAGUCUGGAAACGCUCUACCUUGGAGCACUACCAGACGCUGAGUGGGCAUGAGGGACCUGUCAACGCCGUCGGGCUGCAAGGAGAGCGUGUGGUCAGCGCUAGCGGGGACGGCAAGAUGAUCCUUUGGGACCUUCAAAGCGGAGAACGCGUGCGGACAUUCGAAGGCCACGAUAGAGGGCUUGCGUGCAUCGAGUUCAAGGAUGACUAUAUCGUUUCUGGUUCCAACGACUGCAAGAUCAAGAUAUGGCGCGCAUCCACUGGUGAAUGCCUGAGGACUCUAGCCGGGCAUGAACUGCUUGUUCGUGCGUUGUCCUUCGAUCCUCGCAACGGUCGGCUGGUGAGCGCCAGCUACGAUAGGACCGUGAGGGUGUGGGAAGUCGGCACUGGUAAGAUGGUCCGGGAAUUCCGCACGAUUCACUCUAGCCAUAUAUUUGACGUCAAAUUCGAUAUUUCGAGGAUCGUCAGCACCUCGCACGAUCAAAAGAUUGUUGUUCUUGAUUUCUCGCACGACCUGGAUACUUCACUAUUUUCCUGA